AUGUCCUACCCUAAAUCCGCAGGAUACGCUGAUACGAACCGCGACUACGAGUCUCCUGCUGGUGCUCCUCCAGCGUACAACAAUCCAGUGUACAACAACAACCCGUUUCUGGAUGAGCACCGGUCUCCAGAUCCAUAUCCUCCGCGACAGCAGCCAUCCCCAUACACGAACCAGCCACCACAAUUUCCAACAUACUCUUCCCAAUCCCCCGCUUCGAGUCCUCCAGAGCCGCUAUCCGCAUAUACCAGCAUUACGAAGCGAACGCCACCUCCAUUACCGAGUCGUCCUUCUGCCUUUCCUCCGUUCGAGACCUUCACCGUCUAUGCGCUCGGUUAUCGGCUCGCCGACGGCUUCCCGACAGACCUCCCACUCGCGUACGAGCAGCUCCAUCCAUUCUCCUCGCACGACGUGAUCAAAGACGACUGGGCACGAUUCCUACUCGAUGUGAACGGUAUCGCACGGACCUCCUCUGAAGAGCGCUUGAGGGAGAACUUCCACGCCGAGCCGUCGAGCAACGCGAAUCCUAUGCUCAUGCCUGCACGGGGCGGUCUCGUCCGCGGCCUACUAGGAGCAGCGACUGAAGGUGCCAGCUCCCGCAUGGGUGGUGGUAGCGGCGCCAAAGCGGCGCAAGAGCCCAUUUCACGGCUUCUUGCUGACUGGAACCGGAACUACUGGAAUCGUCGCCAAAUUGAAGUGUCCCUUGUAUUGAAGGACGUUAGUGACUCCGGCUUGAGUGCGAUGCCUGACCGCGGCGGGCUGCUUGGCGGGCUCGGGGGAGGCGGGCGCAGGCAAGCCCGCAAGGAGAAGAGGCAGGAGCGUAGUGCGUUCAAGCAAGACAUCAUUGCAGACGUGCACUCGAUGUUCAGCUCAAGCCAAGCCUCGACAUACCGCGCAUCUGCAGACCAGGCACGCUAUGGCAGUAAACCGGGCUGGUGUUUGGUAUUCCACUAUACAGGACCGGCUGGGGUGGGUUUUGCAGGAGGGAAUGAGAGUGGGUGGGCUACACGCCCGUGAAGUGAAUGGCUUGAAGGCAUGUCUUAUAAAGUCAUUCGUCUACGUAUAUAUCGGACUUCGCUCCUAUUCUGUACUUCAAUCUGUUUAGCGACUAAACUCGACUGCAUACGCAC